AUGCAGCCGCACCGGCACCAGCACAUUCCCUCGACCGCCACCUCGCACCCUGACGACCCCAUCCCUCACGAGCCCGCCCAGAAGAUGCCCAACUACGCCAUCGAGCCUCCUGCGCCCUCGUCCAAUUCCUUCCGCUCGUCGCACGAGUCUCUCGCCUGGUCCGAGAACUCGAGCGACGCCGAAACCCCAGACACGCCCAACACGGAGCCCUCCGACCCCCAGGUCGACGAGGUGACGGACAAGCUCAAGGACCUGCCUGCCGCCUCGGUCGACUUCACCGCCAAGGCCGACAACCCGCGUCGCGCCUCGACUUCGCUCAUCUCUGAGGAUGCCGAGGGCAUAAGGAAGCUUCUCGGCGACGGUGAAACGGGCACCGCCCUCAUCGAGAAAUACUGCUGCGGUGGAGGAUGCUGCUUCGUCAAGACAUUGCCGCCCGACACGACGCCCAAGGACUUUGUGCCUGUCGUCCUGCCGGACAAUGCGGCCUUCCGCAGCCUGGACCUCAAGCUGGGCCCCUUGAGCCUCACGACCGAAUUGGACGGCGUCCCGGAGCUGCACCAAGACACCGUCGCCUUCGACCCCGUGCCUGCCGAGACGCCAAAGCACGUCACAACUGUCUACAAGGCGCCGCCGCAAUUCGUCCAGCCGCACCCGCCCUACAAUGUCUUCUCGGCCCCUGUUCACCACGCGCGCGUCCUGACAAAGCCCGGCGCCAUGAAGCGCACGCUGCACUUUGACCUCGAUGUCACCGACUAUCCCGACGAGGGCGGUGUCGAUUUCAAGGUUGGCGGUGCCAUUGGCAUCUGCCCGCCCAAUGCGUCUGAGUUGGUCGAUGACGUCUUCGACCAGCUGGGUGUGCCCAAGUUUGUGCGUGACAAGCCCGUCACCCUCAAGACGCAGACGAUGCGCUGGCCGACCAUCUGGGGCGACGAGAAGCCCCGCGGCCUGACUACGACGCGUCGCGAGCUGCUCACUUGGUGUGUGGACUUGCAAAGCACCCCGCCCACGAAGCAACUUCUUCGCGUCAUGGCCGAAUACGCCGACGCCAAGAACGAGAAGAAGAUCCUGGACUACCUGACCUCUGCCCAGGGGCAAGCUGCGUUCUGCGAUCUUCGCACCGGCGCACACAUCACCGUCGCACAACUCCUCCAUGCCUUCCCUUCCUCGAAGCCCCCGCUUCACCGCCUGCUCUCCGUCCUGCCGCAGCUGAUGCCCCGCUUCUACUCGCUCUCCAACGACCCGCACAUCUCCUCGGCCCGCCCUGGCCUUCCGGGCGGCCGGCGCCUGAUCGAGAUGGCGGUGACGGUGCACGAGGACCCCGAUUGGCGGGUCCCGGAGAAGUACCGCACGGGCGUGGGGUCGGGUUACCUGGAGCGGGUAGCGCAAAGCUUCAUCGAAGCUGAGCAGAGCGGCAUCCGCGACCCGGGCAAGGUGCUCGACAUUUCGGUGCCCAUGUUCCGCGGGCUGAUGGCCAACCCGCUGUCGCGCGAGUUCGGAGGUGACGGGCCGAUGAUGCUCAUUGGCGCGGGUGUCGGCAUGGCGCCGUUCCGCGGCUUUAUCCUCAACCGGCUGAAGAACGCGAACUGCGCGAACAAGAUCUGGCUGGUGCAGGGCGUGCGCGACAGCAUGCUCGACGAGAUUUACUCUGGCGAGCUGGGCGCGCACGAGAAGGAGAUCAAGAAGGUGGUGCAGAGCCGGCGCACGGGCGGCGAGGUACGCUACGUGCAAGACGAGGUGCGCGUGCAGGCCGAUGUGGUGUGGUUCGUCAUCAACGCGCUAGACGGGCGUAUCUUCGUGUGCGGCAGCAGCAAGGGCAUGGGCGAGGGCGUGGAGAACGCGCUGAUUGACGUGGCGAUGGACAAGGGGAACUUGAACGCGGAUGAGGCGCGCGAGUUCUGGGACCGCAAGAAGGAGGGCGGGCAGUACAUUGCUGAAACGUGGUAA